UUAAUUAAAGAACAUGAAAUCGAACCAGUUACUUAUACUCCAAAAGAAACAAUAUCAACGACGGCUUAUUUGCUUUACAGCUCUGGAACUACUGGAAAACCGAAAGGUGUUGAAAUCACACAUAGGAAUUUGGUUGCUGGUUUAGUGCAAUUUAGAGAAUUUGAAAAGGAUAUCAGUUCACACAGCAUUCUCAUGGGUGUUAUGGGUUCCACAGCUGUUACUCUACCUAAUUUCGAUGUUAAAACAUUUUGCUGUUGUAUUCAAAAGCACAAAAUCAAUUACAUUCACGCCACACCACCGAUUAUAAUUAGACUUGUGAAAGAUCCAAUUGCCAAAAUAUAUGACCUAUCAAGCGUUAAGAUUAUUGUAUCUGCAGCAGCGCCGUUAGGAUAUGAACUAGAAUGUGUAUUUUUUAAUAUCUUUAAUGUUCCAAUUAAGCAGGCUUUUGGUCUUACGGAAGCGAUGUCACACUAUUCUGAUUCAAAAAAUUCUGUCUCAGGUUCCUGUGGGAUGCUCUUACCAAAUAUGAAUGCAAAAAUAUUAUCUGAUGAUGGUCAUGAAUUGGGACCUAAUGAUCCUGGUGAACUAUGCAUUCGUGGGCCAACUGUCAUGAAGGGUUAUCUCAAGAACAAGGAUGCUACGGAUGCCGCCUUUGACAAAGAUGGUUUCCUUCAUACGGGGGACAUCGCAUAUGUUGACAACCAAGGAAAUUACUUUAUAGUUGAUCGAAAGAAAGAACUGAUCAAACAUAAUGGAAUUCAUGUAGCCCCAGCUGAACUAGAAGAAAUUCUACUUACACAUCCUAAAAUACUUGAUGCAGCAGUAAUAGGCUAUUAUUCUGAAAAAUGUCAAAAUGAGUUUCCCGUGGCAUAUAUUGUAACUAAGUUUGAAAAAAAUCAAUCUCUCAAAAAUGAAAUUUUAAAUUAUGUGAAUA